AUGCUGCUCUUGGUCGCCAUGACAUUGCUGCUCGGCUCAUCAGCAGAAGCGCUGUUCUUCGGCGGAGGCGGCGGAUGUGGGUGCCGUCCUCAACAGUGCAGUUGUGCUCCACAGCCCGUUGCUCAGAACUAUUGUCCGGUUAGUUCAUUCGUCAAAGCUCUAUGCGAACUGUGAUUUCAGCCGUCUCCGUGUGGUCGUUCCUAUCCAUCCUUCCCGUCUUAUCAAUCCUAUCCAUCCUAUUCUCCAGCAGCCUAUCGUCCACCACCCUUGCCGAUAUCUCAACCUUUUUACGCAGUCCCCCAACCAAUCCCAAUCCAGACAACCUAUCAGAACAGCUAUCAACAACCGCUGCUCACAGGUGAUUCAAUCCUUCCUAUCAUAAUUCGAUUUCACAAGAACGUUCAGGCAGCUACAACGCCCCGUACUCGAGUGUUCAGAAUGCUCCGAUUCAAGUCAGCUCUGCCAAGUCGAUGUCGGAGACGUCCUCGUCCGACGUGUUCGGCGAUACCGUAGUACAAAAGAGCAAAUCGUUGAGCUCUGUGAAAAACGAUUUGGACGAGGAUUCAGUGAGUUUCUAGAACAAGUUUACAUUGAUUCAACUCAUAUUUCAGAAUGCUCUAUCAAACUUCGAAACGUCAUUGCUCGCUUAUAAGUCGAUGGGACGGAAUGGGAUCAGGAGAGCACAGGGAACGAAGAUCGAGAAGCCGGAGAAGUGCUCGAGUAGUCGAUUGCAGGAAAUUAUGGAAAAGGUUCGAGAGGAUUACUGUAGAGGAGCAUCAUCUAAUUUCAGGCAAUGACCUCGAAUGUUUCUGUCUCCAAGUUGAAAAUCUCUCAAGGGGCGAAGCGAGAGUUCGGCUAUAACUUCGACGUAAUCUGCAGUCAAUUCGACUUUUCCUACUUGAUCUCUUCCAAUAUCUAUUGUAGAGUUGAGAUGGACGGACAGACGUGUCUGGCUUAUGAGAACUAG